AUGCUCUCCCUUGUCCGGGCCACCCGGUCCCGGUCUGCGCUUGCCGGACUGGCACGAUACUCGACCGCGACGCGGCCCCCGCUCAAGCUAGCCAUCAUCGGCUCGGGGCCUUCAGGCUUCUACGCCGCCUCUCGCGUGCUCCAGCUGCUGCCGCGCGAUACUCCCGAAGGCGCCAAUGUCCGUGUCGACAUGUACGAGCGACUGCCGACGCCGUAUGGUCUUGUGCGGUACGGCGUGGCCCCAGACCACCCAGAGGUGAAAAACUGCCAGCACAAGUUUGACGAGCUGUCUGAAGACCCGCGCUUCACUUUCCUGGGCAACGUCUCGGUCGGCACGACUGUCGACUCGCCUGUCCCCUCCAACCCCUUGCUCCCCCACUACACCUACCCUCACGCGCUGCACAUCCCACUCGCAGAGCUGGCGCCAUACUACAACGCCGUGCUGUUCACGUACGGCGCGUCCCUCUCGAACCCGCUCGGCAGCGUGCCCGGAUCCACAGCGUCGGACAAGCCGCUGCACGGCGUGCUGCCUGCCCUGGCGUUUGUGUCGUGGUACAACGGCCACCCGGCGUAUGCGGAUCUCAAGGUGGACCUGAGCAAAGUGACCAACGUCGACGUGAUCGGACAAGGAAACGUCGCGCUCGACGUGGCGCGCAUCCUUCUCCGGCCCGUCGAGACGCUCGCCAACACCGACCUUCCGGACCACAUCCUCGACGCCUUGUCCAAGAGCAACGUCAAGAACGUCCGUGCCGUCGGCCGCCGUGGUCCUGCCCAAGUGGCAUUCACGACCAAGGAGCUGCGCGAAAUGGUGACGCUCGGGUGCGCGUAUCCGGGCGUCAACCCCGACUUGAUGGCGCAGGCAAAAGAGUUGGCAAAGGGCGACCGCAUGCGUACCCGCCAACUGGCCCUGAUGGAGAAGACCAUCCCAGCAUCCGAGGCGACACAUGGGCGCCAGUUUGAGCUCGAGUUUCUGCAAUCUCCCAAGGCGUUCAUCCCGUCUGCGUCGGACCAGUCGCGCGUGGCCGGUGUCGAGUGGGACAUUAACGAGUUGGCGUUCAAGGACGACCCCGAGGGCGGCAAGCCCACCGCGUCGGCGCGCAAGACGGGCAAGACCACGACGAGCGAGGCCGACCUCGUGGUCGAGUCGGUCGGAUACCGCUCCGAGCCCAUUGGCGACGGGUCCAGCCCCGCUGGCUGGGCCGUACCCUUUGACCUGGGGCGCGGUCGCGUACGGAACGAGGACGGCCGCGUGGUGAGCGACGACGGGGUCGUUGCGGGCGCGUACGCUGCCGGGUGGGCGGCGCGCGGUCCCGUCGGCGUCAUCGCAAGCACCAUGCAGGGCGCAUACGGCCUCGUCGAGCACUUGCUCAACGACUGUACCGGCCAGAACUUGGCCAGCGGCGCUCGCGACGCGUGGGUUGACAGGCCAGCCGGCCAGUCCCCGCUCCCGCUCGUUCCCGAGCUUGGCCGGCCUGACGCCAUUGAGCGCGGUCUCAAGGACGGCCAGGUAGUGGACAUGGGCGCGUGGCUCAAGAUUGACGCCGCCGAGCGCGAGAGGGGCAAGCAGAAGGGCAGGGAGGAGCGGGAAAAGUUCCGCACAGUGGACGAGAUGCUGGCUGUUUUGUAG